AUGUCCGGUCGUGCCGUUUUGAAACCUCAACAUGCCCAGCCAUCCUUCGAUUCCGGACCCCAACUCUAUCGCGACGUUCCUGAAUUGCACCCUACGCCUUCUCCCUCUCACGGCGCCUUGAUGGAUACCUCACAUUUUGACGAUUUUUCCUUUGCUUAUCAAGGUCUUCCUGACCAAUCCUCUCUCGUUCCUCUCGCAGAUCACACCCACGCUUCGCAGUCUCCUACCGCGUUCCCUCAACAUCAAGCCAUGUCCGGCCUUCCGCACGCUGGUCUACCGUUUGGCGCUCUCCCUCCCGGUAACCGAAGCCAGAGCAUGGAAGGUUCUGAAGUUAUCCCAGAUCGGAUCUCCCCCGCAUCCAAUGCCCUCGAAGAUUCUACCACAGAUGAGUUCGGCCUGGCUUCCCGUAAUCGUGCAGAUGGAACAGAUCUGGGCGGUAAACCCAAGGAAGAUAGAGCUGAUGCCACGCCUGCAUGGAGCGAACUUAAAACGAAGGCCGGUAAAGAAAGAAAACGCCUCCCGCUCGCCUGCAUUGCAUGUCGCCGAAAGAAGAUCCGGUGUUCGGGCGAGAAACCCGCUUGUAAGCAUUGUUUACGUUCACGAAUCCCGUGUGUCUACAAGGUUACGACUCGGAAGGCUGCGCCUCGAACAGACUACAUGGCUAUGCUUGACAAACGACUGAAGCGUAUGGAAGAACGCAUUAUCAAAGUCAUACCCAAGUCAGAUCAGGAGGUUGCGUCAUCGGUAACUCGUGCCGUGGUAAAACCGGCCAUACCAGGAACUGUGCCUUCGAAUAAGUCAACUAAAAAACGUGGUGCUGAGGAAGCGUUCGGCCCUGAUCUGGAGGCUUGGGCGAAGGCGCCCUCGAAGCCCAAAAUUGACGGGGACGACAGGCCGAGCAGCUUGCAAGUGCAGGAAGCCGAAGAGAACAAAUUGCAACAUGAGGGAACCGAUGCACUUCCACCCAAGGAGAUACAGGAACAUCUUGCUGAAGUUUUCUUCGAUAACAUAUACGGCCAGUCUUACCAUCUUCUGCACAAACCAAGCUACAUGCGAAAGCUGAAAAAUGGCACACUGCCCCCGGUGCUCGUUCUUACAGUGUGUGCUGUAGCAGCCCGUUUUACUUCAAACCCUCUGGUGAGUUCCUCAGGACCAGAGUUCUUGCGCGGUGAAGAAUGGGCAUCGCAUGCUCGUGAUAUCUGCACCAGGCGCUACGAAUGGCCAAAUCUCACAAUCUUGACAUGCCUUCUCAUUCUCGGCCUGCACGAGUUUGGAACAUGUCAGGGCGGCCGUAGCUGGGCGCUGGGUGGGCAAGCCAUCCGGAUGGCCUUUGCUCUCCAGUUGCACAAAGAUUUGGAAUACGACCCUUCAGGUCGCAGCGGUGCCAAGAAACAACUGAGCUUUAUUGACCGGGAGAUCCGACGACGCAUAAUGUGGGCUUGUUUUCUCAUGGAUCGCUUCAACUCCUCCGGAACAGAUCGACCUAUGUUCAUACGGGAAGAUACUAUUCAAAUUCCACUGCCGGUCAAAGAGAAAUACUUCCAGUUCGACAUGCCUGCGCCUACGGAGAUGUUAGACGGGCAGGUGCCUCAUCCAGCAUCUCCCAACGACGGGCAGCUUGCCGACGCACGAGAGAAUAUGGGUGUAGCAGCCUAUCUGGUCAGGGCCAUUGCCUUGUGGGGACGCAUCAUAACCUACUUGAGCCAAGGAGGAAAGGAUUUGGACCCAAAUCCAAUGUGGGAGGAUGAGUCCCAAUACGUCAAGCAUCUCAACGAUGUUGUCAACCUUGAAGCCAGUCUGCCCUUAACACUUCGAUACUCCACAGAGAACCUUGAAGUUCACAAGACAGAGAACACGGCAAGCCAAUUUCUCUUCAUGCAUAUCUGCCUACAGCACAACAUCCUCUUCGUGAGCCGGGCCGCUAUGUCUGCACGAAAGCAGCAGGGCGUACAUGACGAUUUCUUUUCUGAAGCAAGCAAGAGAACGUUCAAUGCGGCUAAUCGAAUAUCAGAGCUCCUACGAGAGGCUGAGCAGUCGCGAUGUUUUGUCUCCGCCCCGUUUGCAGGCUACUGUGCGUUUUCCUCGACAACAGUGCAUAUUCUGGGCAUCAUUUCCCGCAAUCCCUCUAUGAAACCCACUGCUGAGGCCAAUCUGACCACUAAUGUCAAAUAUCUUCACAAAAUGAAGAAGUAUUGGGGCAUGUUUCAUUGGAUGGUGGAAAAUGUUCGCACGCAGUAUCGAAAUGCUCUGGACGCUGUGCGAGCUGGCGCAAAUGUCAACGAGCGCGCUACGCAGUCGUCUUUCCUUCAAUAUGGAGACUGGUUUAACCGCUACCCGAAUGGCCUUUCUGACGCCGAAUUUAUGGAUCCUGCUACUCACAAGCGAAAAGAUUCAGGAGCGGACGGUGUUCUCGAAGCUAAGCCCGAGCUGCAAUCGGUAGAGGAGUAUUUCUCCACGCUCCCAACACCACAAAGUGUUGAGAACAAGGAUAAUACCCGUGCAGCAGCACCGAAGCGAAAGCAGGGUAACAAGAAACAAACAGGUAUACCAGCACAGCCUGGCCAACCUAUCGAUCCUUUACAGGGUGCAGAUUCCGAUGUGGCAUCUGUAGGGGGUCAAGAACGCCGUUUCUCGGGUGCUUUAGGUUUACAAACUGCCAGUGCUGCUGGCUUCAACCCUCUUGCAGUCUCUAACCCGCAGAGCCAAGCCUUCAGCACUGCAAUGUCACCCAUGAGCCCUGCCAACAUGAAUGCCUUUUCCCACCACGGGCACACGCCGACCUUCUUCCCGCCUGAGUUACUGGCUAUGAACUUUGGGCAGGGCUCGAACGGAAACAUUGACCCUCUAGAUCGCCAGCUUGUUUUUGGAGGAUACUCAAUGGAUGUUGGCACCGGCAUGAGCCAUGGCCACGAUAUGAUGGGUGGCAUCGACUGGGAUACGGUUGCUUCGGGCGCUCAACCGGAGGAAGACAUGCAAGCUCGUCGGUCUAAUGUGAAGACAAACAUGAAUGCACAAGGAGCUGGCAUGGCCGAUGGGGCAGGGUUGUCUGGACCUGAGGCAUCCUCCGCAUGGUUCAUGCCUUUCAACAUGGAGCCUCCAGAGAUGGGCCAAGAACCCGGCUUCAACAUGGGAGGUAUCGACCCAUUCACUGGAGUGUUCGGUGCCGGAGGAAGCGGUCUGGCAACACCGAAUGCAAUGGGCGGGCUACAGCAACAGGGCCCUUAG